AUGUUUUUUAUAUAUAUGCCAAUUGAUUUAUUUCCAUUUGGUGAAAAACAAGCUUUUACAUAUUCAUCAUGUCGACAUUUGCACAAUCCACGAAAAGAUUCAACGAUAGCAUUAACGAUAUCAACAAGUCGUGGCUUAGUUUUAUUACCAACACAAUUUAAUAGUCUAAAUAUUUUAAAAUAUCCAUGUCUAAAAAAAUUUAAAGAUGAUUUAAGAUUACAUAUGACAUGUAAUCAUCGAGGUAGGAUGAAUAACUUAAAAUGAUGCAAAAAUAUAAAAGAAAAAUAUUUUGGUUUUCUUUAAGAUAUGUCACCUGUUGAUAAUAAACUCAUUGUAUCUAGUAGUCAUUUGUUGGAUACCAAUGGUAUUAGAAUAGAGAAACAAGAUUUGAAUGAUGAAAUUAUCACAUUAGCA